AUGGCUGUCAGCUUUAGAUAUUGGGAAGACUGUGUUGAUUCCCAUGACUUGGAAGAAAUGUGGAGCAGUCCUUGUGUAACUGCUGAAUGGUUAGAUGCUGGAGAGAGCAGAGGACAGAAAGUUCAUCUCUCGCGCGAUCCCGAUGGACAGCCUUUUUUGACACAGACUGAGAUGAAGAUUGUGGCUGAGAUCACCAUCCGCAGGCACUUUGCUAACCAAAUAGAUCCCGAUAUGAUUCGUGCUAUUGCUGACCUUGAAAGUGAUAGACAGCCCCUUGCUACCCGGUAUGAUAAAAAAACCAAGUCCACCACUGCAGGGAUCAUGCAACUUUUACCAAAAACUGCUGACUGGCUGGCUAGUGAUAUGGGCUACCAGGCAUAUGCAGUGCAAGGGAAUCCAGAUCUUCUGUUCAAGCCUUUUGUAAAUGUAUAUUUUGGUGCUGCUUAUCUUAAAUGGUUAUCAAGCUAUGAUCAAAAAGAAAGAAGUGAAGAAUUUGUAGUUAGGGCAUAUAAAGGUGGUACCAAAAAGGCAACUCACAAAUCAACUUUGAAAUAUUGGCAACGGUAUCUUUCAGUCAAGGAAAGUCUUCCAUCCAGAAAAAGUUUUGAAGGCUGUCCAUCUCCAAAUGAGGUUUCUACUUCAGCAGCCCCUCAUGCUCAUGCUCCUCCUCCUCAUGCUCAUGCUGCACCACCUGCACCACACAACGCAGGUCAUCAUAUUUACUGGGACUCCAGAGCUUCUCCAGAAGACAUGGCAGAAAUGUGGAAUCAUCAAGAGGUCGCUAGAGAGUGGACCACAACUGGAGAGAAAAGGGGAAAAGUACGAUUCUCCCUUGAUGACAACAAAAGACCAUACCUUUCUCGUGUAGAACUGAAGGCAGUUGCAGAUAUCGUACUCACAAAACACUUUAAUACAAAGCCAAUCAAAGCUUCAGUUCUUGGUGCUCUUGCAGAGGUUAUUAGUUUGCGUUUCUUGAAUGGCGUUGGACCACGUACUGGAAUAAUGGGAAUCGACUAUUCUACAGCUUUAUGGCUUUACAAGGAGAUGGGCUUUAAGGCAUACACAAUUCAUUCUGCUGAUGAUCUUUCCAUGCCAUUUGUGUCAAUGUACUUUGGUGCAGCCUAUUUAGUAUGGUUAGUGGAGUAUGAAGGAAGGUCAAGAACUCCAGAGUUUGUUGUUCAGGCUUAUAUCUUGGGACCAAAGAAUGUGAAUCUUCAAGAUUCAGGUCCACAGUGGCUCAAGUUUGAGGAAGCCUUGGGCAAGUACGAAGACACGAAGAAGCUUAAGUAUGUCCGUUCCACUUGGAUCAAGGGAGCUGCACUAUCAUGUAAGCUGACAAAAACCACCUUGCCACCUUUGAUGACAAGGGAUUGCAUCCUCUGCAUCAAGUGA